CGGCCGCCCGGCGGCGCCAGUGUCGCGAAGAAAUCGCGGCGAACGACGUUCGGUCGAUAAACGGCGGGACGGAAGGGCUCUCCGGAGGUCCGGAGGCGCUCUCUCGAGUCUCGAUAGCUCUCGUGGAGACGUGAGUGCGGUGAGUGCCGUCUGCCGUCAGUGCCGUUCUGUCGGGAGCAGUCGGGAGUGUCGGGUCGAGGCCGGAGAAGAUUCGAUUCGCGACAAUCGCGACGCGUGGCUGACGUGAGUUCGCCUCUUCCUCCGCGCGGCGAUUCGAGGAAACCGUCGGUGGGUAUAUCUGUCCGCGGCGGACGACGGAUAUGUCGCGCGGGACGGCGCUACUCCGACGACGACGACGACGACGGGUCGCGUAAUCAAUCGCGAUCGGUCUCGCCGCGCGCGCGGAGCGUAGCGUCGCCGCGAACGUUACGGGUGGACCGCCGCCCGCGGUCCGCGGCACAGCGGCGAGCGUCGAACGACAUGCGUCGGUUGCGGGGCGACGGGGACCGAGCGACAACCGAGGAGGCUCCUUCGAGGAACAACUGUCAGGAUUGUCAGGGGGACCGUCAUCGCCACCACCAUCGCCGCCGACGCCGCCACCACCACCACCACCGCCGUUACGCGUGAGUCAGUGCGGGAUCGGACGGAGGCGACGCACGCAAAAUGGCUUCGGGCGACAAUGUGGACGUGAUCGAGGUGGUCGAGACGACGAGCUUCCCCGUGCCGGCGCAGCCCGCGGUGGAUCACCUCAGGCCGGAGCAAUCCAUCGUCGAGGAGGACUAUAAAUCGACCGGAGAGAAAAUAACAGCAUUUGACAGCUCAAUAGUACAACAUGGUACGACAGGUGGCAAGGCCCCCGCGGGGGUAUCGAGAAACAAAUCGGAACGAGAGAGAAAGAUUGGGCAUCGAAGAGUUGGAGUGGGAGGUGAAAUCACAUAUAAGAAGAUCCAAACGACACAAAUUAUGGGAUCUAUUCAAUUGGGUAUACAGCAUGCUGUUGGUGGUCUUGCGAGUAAACCGGAACGCGAUUUAUUAAUGCAAGACUUUAUGACGGUGGAGACAACGAACUUUCCCCAUGAAGGAUCAAAUCACACUCCGGCCCAUCAUUUCUCGGAGUUUAAAUUUAAAAACUAUGCACCCAUUGCAUUUCGUUACUUUAGAGAUCUCUUUGGCAUUCAACCAGAUGAUUUUUUGAUGUCAAUGUGUAGUGCACCACUGCGCGAGUUAUCAAAUCCUGGCGCUAGUGGGAGUAUCUUUUAUCUAACGGAUGAUGAUGAAUUUAUCAUAAAGACUGUACAACAUAAAGAAGGAGAGUUUUUGCAAACUCUACUUCCAGGAUAUUAUAUGAAUUUAAAUCAGAAUCCAAGAACGUUAUUGCCAAAGUUUUUUGGAUUGUAUUGCUAUCGGUGUAAUAGUAAAAAUGUUAGAUUAGUUGCUAUGAAUAAUCUUUUACCUUCAUCUGUAAAAUUACAUCAAAAAUAUGAUUUGAAAGGGUCUACAUACAAGAGAAAGGCAUCAAAAGGAGAACGUUCGAAGUCUUCACCAACGUAUAAAGACCUAGAUUUCAUAGAGCAUCAUCCAGAGGGUAUCUUUUUAGAAGCCGAUACAUAUGGUGCAUUAGUAAAAACUAUUCAACGGGAUUGUCGUGUAUUAGAAAGUUUCAAAAUUAUGGAUUAUUCUUUACUUGUUGGAAUCCAUAAUCUUGACCAGGCUGCAAAAGAAAAAGCUCAAGAACAAAGAUUAUCGGCAAGUGCCGAUGAAGAAAUUGAUGAAACGGGUGGCGAAAGUGAUGGAUUCAUUCAAUCUGAGAGAGAGAAACAGAGAGAGGAUAGAAUAGGCGCUGCCGCUUUAAAUCGAUCACGCAGUAUAAAUCGUCAACGGUUGGUUGCUCAUAGUACAGCGAUGGAGAGUAUUCAGGCUGAGAGCGAACCAAUAGAUGAAGAGGAUGAUGUACCUUCAGGUGGAAUUCCUGCCAGAAACGCGCGUGGUGAACGUCUUUUAUUGUUCCUUGGCGUUAUCGACAUUUUGCAAAGCUACAGGUUAAAAAAGAAACUGGAACAUACGUGGAAAUCAAUGAUACAUGACGGGGACACUGUAUCAGUACAUCGGCCAGGAUUUUAUGCGCAACGCUUUCAGGAUUUCAUGGCCAAGACAGUAUUUAAGAAAAUACCAUCACUGGACCUGCCUGAGAUUAAGGGGAAUCACCGCAAAUUCCGUAACCUCGUCACCAGCUAUAUAGCCUUGAAACAUUCCCCGUCGAAGAGGAAAAGUAUAAGCAGACCACUGAGGCCGUUGGAGGGUGACUUCGAUUCAACCGCGGUGGCGGCGACUGGAGGUUCGGCAAUGCAUGCUACGUCACCUACGAAGGCCGCAGUUAGCCCGCCCGAUCCUGCGAUCAGCGCGGCGAACGCGGCGGCUUCGGUGCCGAUCGCCACCUCCACCCCGGUUAACCUUGCUGCCGGUCCGCUGAGCCCGCCCCCGUUGACCUUAGCCGCCGGUCAAGGUCCGCAUCACGAGCAUCCGCCCGGGACCGCACCAACGGUCAAGGUCGCAAGCUAUCCGGCCGUGCUGAAGGGUAGAAGCGCGGCCAGUCCGCCGAACCCGAACCUGGUACCGUCCGGCAAGGUCCCACCGCCGGUGCCGCCGCGGGGCACGGGCGCCUCGAGGACCGGCAGAUCCUCCGAGGAUCACCGGGCGGCCGGCACCGCCGCCUCGACGACGUCGUCGGUGUCUUCCUCCAGCCGAGGUGGCACCCUUCCUUCCACCUGCUCCACCCCGCCCCCGCCCUUUGACGAUGCAGUCCGCUCGAACGACCAAACCCUGGCUUCCGGUGGUCACCUUCAGCAAGGCGGCGCGACCACCAUCCUCGCGAGCAGUCUCUCCUCUGCUCAUUCCAAACAAAAUAAGGUUGUUCAUCACGUUACCCUCACCAAGACGUAUCACGACACUGUAAGGAAAAGGAGAAUCAUAUCGGACGUGCAUUUGGAGAGUAGCGGUAGCGGCAGCGGCAGCGGCGGCAGGGAAACCAGGUCGUCGCUGAGCGUCGAGAGCGGCGGCAGCAGUAGCCGAGGUGGCGGCGGUCUCACGUGGACCCCACCGGCCGGAAGUGCCGAGGGCUCGACGCCCACGUGGACCGAGGGCACGCCGUCCUUCACCGAGAGCUCCAGCAGCGGCGACAUAGGUUGCCCGACGACGCCAAUCAAGGGUAAUCAACGUCAGGAUGACGGUGGAAGGAUCGCGGCCACUGUGGAGGAGGCCCUAGCGAGUCUCACGACUGAGAUGAGACGAACCAGCGAAGGCGGGCAGCAUCAAUUGGAGCAAAGCACAACCUUUUCGUUAUAUCGUCAUAUCAGGACGAGCUUGAAGCGCGGUAGCGUGAACCACGUCGCGAUCAUGAGGAACAUGCAAAGGGCAUUAAACAUUCGUCGGGCACCAUGACGCACGCAGAGUCCAUCAGAAUAAAUUUAAAUUGUUUCUUUGCAACCGUCUGAAAUUUUGCGAAACUGAUGACGCUACAGCAUAUAAAAUGCACAUAAUCGAGCAAGUCUUUUUAAAACUUUGGAUCUGAAAUAUGGUCGGAUUAUGCCAAAUCACAUGACGUUGAAAAUGAAUUAUCGAUAAUUUUAUCAUAAAGCUGAUUAGAUGAAAACAAUUCUAAAUGCAAAACGCAAUAUCGAUUGAUAAGAACAUUAACUGAAUAUUUCAAUAAUGUCUUUAAUAAUGUGAUAUAAAGAUGAAAUAUUUUGAACAAUUAUGUACGAGGAAUUUACAAUUAUGUUUGUUUUAAUUGCUCUUUUGUAAAUAAGUAUAAUAACAAUAAUACAAUUAAUGCAUUUCAAUGAAGCAAAAUUCAAGAAACAAAUUAAAGAUCUAUAUAUUUAAGAUGUUUGUAUAUUCUGUGGUUGGUGAUUUAAUAUUAACGUACUUUGUAAAUUUAAUAACAAUAAUAAUGUAAAAUUAAUGAACGAAAUACUCAGCUUAAAAAAAAAGUUAUGGCUAACAUUGCACGCAUGUAUAGUUCGCAUAAUCCUGUGCAAUACGUAAUAAUGCGCGCUGUAAUUAUAUGUAUUUUAUCGGUGAAGGAACGAUAAUCUCGCUGAGAAUCAAAAUCAAAUAGAAAUUUAUGUUGCAGACAUGCAUGAUGUUUUUAACUGUGCAAAUGUGCCAAGAAUUUGACAAAAGGCAAACGAUUCGAUGUAGACGCGUGUCUGUUCAUGAUCUAUUAAUCCACGCGCUCUCUUCCAUUUCUGCAUUUGUUCGUUAUGUUGUAUCGUUUCAGUAAGAUACUUUUUAGUAUUAUCUUGAAUUAUGUCACAAAGCAGUAAUACAUUUAAUUAACUUAUUAACAUAUUAAUGAAAUUUAAUCAAGCAUUAAGUACUACCACUUUCCUCAAUCACUUUCCUAUAAUAUAACUCUAUAGAGAUGCUUGAACUUAAUUCGUGGUAGUAUUUAAUGAUUAUUGAUAAGAUUUCUUUUUAUAAUUUAAUUUAAUUUAAUUCUAUGUUUCUACACACAAUUGGUUAAUAUUACUCCUUCCGACUAAAUUACUUACAAAAAGUAGCCAAUUGGUUUUCAUCACGAAACUCACGAAACUCUUGUUGUCGAACGAAAAUAAUGUAUUAUUCUGUAUAAUAAUUUAUUAUGUCUGUGGGUUUCUAAUGUCUACAAAAUGUCGUAGGAACUGUAGUUCCUUGUAUAAGUUUCUUGUAUUUUCUACUAUUUUUUUUAUUAUUUACCCCGGGAUACCAGUUCGCAUUGCGAACUAAAAUCAUUCGUUAGAUAUCCAGAUAAAGUUAUGUACACAGCAUGUAUUAUACUUGGAGAAUUUGAGAUGAAAGGUUGGGUUGAGAAACGUGCGUACGGCAAUCGAUAGCGAUGGACUAGCUGUACAGACUUUAAAGCUUGACACCUCAUGCAUUAGAUUUAAACGAGAUAUUCGAUGCUUUUCCCUCUUAAUUGUUAAAUAAUCUUCGACGUCAAUGUUGUUAGAAGGAGUAUAUUGUCGACCGAAUUCACGACGCCUAGUCCAUUUCUAUCUCUGUGCCCGGUAUUACUACUUAAUAAUAAUUAGUUAAUUUCAGUAACAGAGCGAUCGUUCAAUUGUGUUGUCACGAAUUGAAUUGUCACUUGAUCGAGAUGUUCGGCAAUAUAUAAAUAUACGUAUAUAUUAUUACUGAUAUUAUUUAAAUAAAGUAAUUAUUAUUAUUCUUAUGAUUGCUGCUGUUAUCGUCGUCGAAUAAUUUACAAUAUUGGCCCUUCGCACAUCGUUAUAUUCAUUACCGAUGUUCUUUCUUUGCUAAGAAAUCGCAUGUUUUUCGACAUUAAACCAUUGCAAAAACAUUGCAUUAUCAACAAAAAUAACUCUCUCUGCUAGAUACGCAGAAGCCUAAACUGUUGAAACAUUUUAUCGUUAUGAAAUAUUAAAUCGAUCGUCUUAAAAGAAUUACUAUCUGUAGUAUUUUUAUGAUCCUCCCUCGGCCCACGCUUUAUUUUUGUUUUAUUUUAUCGAGAGUUUCUUAUCCUGGUUUCUUUAUUUGCUCCCUUUCAGACUCACCUGUAGACAAGCGAACACGGGGAUAAUUGUUAAAAAAGUGAAAAAAGAGCGAGACAGAAAUGAUUACGGAACAUGACUGGCCUGACGGGCAGUUGGUGCAUUUAGAAAUCUCUGGAAUUAGUGUGAAAAAGGCAUUAGGAUUAUUAAUGUAAGUCCAAAUAUAUAGUAAUAAGCAAGUGUACUCAGAACUGUAUGGGAUGUCGCCCGAUGUAUCCCUUUAUACCGAGAGAAAAAUUAGUGCAAUUAGAUUCCAUUUAGAAUUUUUACAAGACAGUUAGAAGGUACGAAAUUAAAAUGAAAAACAAAUCAUAUUUUUUAAACUUGGGUAAUGAUGAAUCAUUGUAGAUUAUUUGCUGGAGAAGAAAUAUUUUCCUCUCGGUGUCUUCUGUUAUAUUUGUUGUACGUGAAAACCCCGAGAAGACCUUCAUUUAUUCGAAACUGUCGAUUUUUAUAUUAAUCGUUUAGUGGAAUUAUAUCAUAGAUUAUGAAUGAAUGAACAUAGUAGAAAUCUUAGAUUUUUCAAAAAUGGUCCAGAAGAUGUUUCUGGAAAUAUGUGUAUAUCACACAUAAUUUCAUAAUAAUGCAUAAAAAUUAAGGCAAUUACAUUUGUUCAUAAUAAUUCUCUGGAUUUUUCUGGGAACCGGUCGACUGGAAAAAAUCGUAAACACGUUUUUCGAGUCGAUCGCCUCGGUCUGCUUUCGGCAACGAGUACGCUACUUUUAAGUUAUUUAUUAUUUUUUUUGCUACCGUGCGCUGCCUUACAUAUCUAUUUAAGGAAUUCUUAUGUGGCUAAGUCGAGUACACGCAACGAGCAUCACUUCCGGAAGUCUAUUCAUGAAGACUGCUUUCACAUUUUUAUUCAACCUUAGAGAGUAGAUCCUCUAACGAACCUUCCACCCAAAAAUCUCUCUUUUAGAUCUUUUACACUUUUCGAGUACAAUUGUGUGCAUAAACUGUCGAGGUCAGCGGUGUUUUACUUAUACGCAGAUCGAUUUUAUCAGGGCACGGAUUUUAUGAUUGCUGAAGAUAGUCGUGUCAUUCGAUAGCGUGCGCAUUUAGAUACAUUUAGACGUGAUUAACACGUCUGGUGUAUAAAUGCGCGUUUUCCGGAAGCUAUUUAUCCGCGAAACGUGGACGAACCGAGAUCGUGAGUGCCGAGAUACAAAUUGCACUGAAAGAUAUUAGCGGUAACCAGCAAUUACCUCAAUAGAUCCUGGCAUAGAUAUUUUAAUGCGAAACUUGCCUCAAUUGCCCACGAGUUAAUUGUCAUAACAGGCACAAGUUUCCGUUGCGUUUAUCUGCCAAUGAAACUAACGAAUUCGCCGCGAUAAUCGCGUUAUCAUUCCACAUGUGUAAAUAUGCUUUCUCGGAAGACACAUUCUCGCAUAAAUCUGAGCAGCUUCGACCUUACCUAAAUCAUUUGCAAUUUAGCGAAGUGUCGUAUACGCUAAUCUAGUAUUAAUAACAACAUUCUCGAAAGAGAUCAAUUUGGAAAACAUUCCUUUUUCGCACUUACGAUCUCGCACGUUCCGAUUUUCCAAUUCGGGUUUUCGUCGGAACCGAAUACGGUUCUUUCGUGUUUCUUGUACAGUAUUAAAAAUAGAUGUUUUUUUUUUCGAGGAACAAGAAGCGACCGUGCGAAUGUAAUGUAAUUCAGGACAGCGGCAGCAAUAAAUCUCCAAAAAUAAUUUGGAGAUAGUUUGAAUAAAUAGAUUUGAAUUAUAGGAAAAAGAGAUGAACUCGCUUAAGGCAUAAGCAUAAUGCAAUAAUCGAGAGAAAUAAACGGAGAACGGUUAUUGACUUCUUAAUAGCGUCAUGCUGAUCUUUCUAUGAUUUUCCUUCGCCUCUGAUUUACUGUUAAUUAUAUUUGAAAUACUCUAAUAUAAUGAGUUAAAGACUAGGAAGACAAUCAUGAAAUCGCAAACAAGUAAACUAAUUCGACACAUGACAAAGAAUAUACUAUUGUACAUUAUAUUAAUAUUAAUAUUAAAUAUUUAUAUAUAUUUAUUAAAAUAAUACAUAAAUUAUAAAUUAUAUCGUGAAGCCUUCUUCACAAAUGGAAUAAAAAUUAGAAAGUUAUUUCAAGAAUUCAAUGCUGAUGCCUUAAUUGUUCAAUUAGCAGCAUGACAGGCGAGUGUAAAAUAUGUAGAAGUUAAUAAUUGUGCGCAUUAUAUAUAUAGCGAAUUUAAUAGUAAUAAAUAAUAGUAAAAUAUUAAUAAAAAAUUAGAUAAUAGGGGAUAUCAAAGAAUCUCAUUACGAUUUCACAUAUCGUUAAAAUGUAAUCUCUGCGAUAUGGGUGAUAUUAUAUUGUGAGGACUCGGCACGCUUGAAGUCGCGUUCAAGUGUCGCGUUCGACGUUCGUUCUGUACAUAUUCACAGAAAGAUAUUAUUUGGAGAUAUGAAAAAUAUGUAUUUAUAUAUGUACAUUACAUAUAAAUGGCGCACUUACUCAGACGUAGAUAUAUCAGGCAGGAUAUUCGGCGACACUAGCGUACUUUGUGAACAGAACAAUAUUCCUCAUCGAAAAAUGGAAUGAUCUUUCUUGACGAAAGCGUCGAUGUGUCAAUCCUUUUAGUCGUAAGCGAGUUAAGAAAACGAAAGAUCUGCGGCGAUUUUGAUUUCCGAUAAAGUAUCAUUCGAUUCAUCACAGACAUGCUUAUUAUCGAGCACUCUUUACACGCCACGCAAUCGCGCGCGGUGUCUUGCAUUUUAUUUCUUUUUUUUUUUCUUUUGCGACAUCAUCGCGAUGUCUCGAUACCUCAUUAGGCGGAUACGUUGGUCCAGCCUGUAUUGAUGUACGAUAAUGAAGAAUAAAUUAUUGUUGCGUCCUAUUUA